UAAACGGUCUUGAGCUUUUUUUCUUUUUUUUUCAACGGGAGUAAAUACAUUACGUUCCAGCGGGAAAAUCUUCUAUUGAGAAUAAACUAUUAUAAAGGUUAGGAAAAUAGCUUUCAGUUUUAAGGUCAAGACUUCGGGUCAUUUCGGAAACUUUUACUGGAACGGGCACAUCUGGUUAUCGUCUGUGUGUGAUGAUUCAGAAUUUGAGGUAGCAGGCAGUUUGCUUGUUUUUACUUGUUUUCAAAUUAAUUAGUUGAGUGUCCGAGCCUUCCGGACCAAACGCCGAGAGUCUUCAAACUGCAUAUGGUCGACUAAUUAGUUUCCGUCGUGUUCCGAAAAAUAAUUUGGUAGAUUUUAUUAUUCAAAAUGGCGGACUCAACGUCGGCUCCUAAUGAAAAAGCAGGUACAGGAAACAUGAACGGAGAUGUGAUGCAGUCGACCAAUCAAGAACAAGAACAGCCGAAACCCGUCAAUUUGGUUGGUGAUGGACAGCAUAUUUCUUUGGCACAGCAACUACAACAGUUCCUUCCGCAGCAGUUGCCCUUAACGAUGUCGGCAUCUGGAAUCAUUGUACAGAAUCAGUUUGGUCAGCAAGCUGUGAUUCCCGUGUCGGCUGCGUUCCCGAGUGGUCUCCAGAUAAACCCACAGGACCUGCAACAAUUACAACAGCAGCUGCUGCUCCAACAGCUGGGUAUCACAGCGACGUGUGCCCCACUGCAGCACACAACGUCCACAACAAAACCCGCAGACACUCUCGUGCAGUUAACCAUCCCACAGUCCCAGUUGUAUGGCCAGCCACAGGUUGCCGUGACGACAGCACAGAAGACGCAGACGUUACAGAUCCAGGCGCAGAAACUACAGCUACAGCAGCCACAACCAACAGCCACGUUACAACCACUACAGAUUCAGCCUUCGCAACUUCAGAAUCUAGGUCAACAACUUGUCUUUGUAAACCCAGCUCAGCUAGCUGCUGUCCAACCACAGCUCUUGGUACAAAAUCAGCAUGCAAUUCCAGUAUUACAGAACGUGACGUCAGCCUUGACGGCGGGGCUACAGGUGACAUCACAGAUCACAACCACCACCGCAACUCCCAUCACCACCACAUCACAGACAACACAACAGCAGCUACAACUGCAGCAGCAGCAGCAGGGCACCGCGGUAACAGCUAUAUCAACACCAACAACUAUCAACCUUUCACCGGCGUCUCCCCCCCUACAGCAGACAUUACAGUUGACUGUGGCAGAGGAGGAAAACAUUGAUCUGGAAGAGCUGGAACAGUUUGCUAAAACAUUCAAAAGAAGAAGAAUUGAAUUAGGAUUCACGCAGGGCGACGUCGGUGUAGCGAUGGGCAAACUCUACGGCAACGACUUCAGCCAGACGACCAUUUCGCGCUUUGAGGCGCUCAACCUGAGUUUCAAGAACAUGUGCAAGUUGAAGCCUCUGCUACAUAAGUGGCUGCAAGACGCGGACGCCGUGGCGCAGAAUCCGGCCGUUAUUUCAGGCGGGGAGGCCGGAUACGCCAAUGACCCGAUCGGCCGACGCCGCAAGAAGAGAACCAGCAUCGACACAUCGGUGCGGGUAGCACUGGAGAAGAGCUUCCUCCUCAAUUCUAAACCAUCGUCGGAGGAAAUCACAUUACUGGCGGACAAUCUAACCAUGGAGAAGGAGGUGGUGCGCGUCUGGUUCUGCAACCGGCGGCAGAAAGAGAAGCGGAUUAACCCCCCCGCGUCCUUCACCUCUGCUCAGCUUCAGAUCGUACAGGAUCUGACCUCUGCCGGCUCCGGCCUCAUGGUCCAGUCAUCGUCCAGUGCACAGAACAUCAACACUGCAUCGCCGACGGCGGUCACUUCCCCGGUAACGCUGUCAACCGUGUACAAUGUCAACAUGUCUUCUUCGCCCAUUCGGACUUCCAUUCCCACGAGUCUGACACAGACCACGGUCUCAAUGCCAGAGCAUAAAAUUGCUAUGGCACCCGCUGUCGUUACAGUGUCCAAGGAACAGUUGGUUGCCAAGGCAACAUCUGUAAUGACGGGAAGCGUUGGGACGUUGACGAACACUUCACCACAGAACAUGGUGCUGAGUGUGACGCCGUCACAAGAUGUCGAUGAUGUGUGACAUUUUUUGUUUGUCUUCAUCGACAAACUGAACAGUGCAUUUUGUUGUUAUGAGUUGUGUUUGUUAAUAAUAAUGAGCCAGGAGGAACGUUUUCUUCCUUUCCAUAGUCCCGCCCAGAGCUUUGAUUUAAAACAAUCAACAAUACCUAAUGAUCAGCAAAUAGCUAGAGUGAUCAUUAUAUACAUAGAACAACAAAAAUAUAUAUCUUUUUUUUUCAAUUUUACAGUUAAUUAGAUAAAUGGACAGGUCUAAAAUGUUGACAUAAAUCAUUUGAAUGGAAUGCAGACAAUAGUUUUCAAUGAAAUUAAAGAAAAACUAAAUUAAUGUUCACAUUUCUUUUAUUGAUCUGUAUAUUUGAGACUGUUUUAAAAGACGUAGAUGGCAAUGUCUUGGAGUGUAUACUGGUCUUCAUUCACUUUGAAAGUAACAGUGAGAGUUAUACUGAAAUCCAUUGGGCUAUUUCUCAUUCCAGCCAGUGAACCAUGACUGGUAUAUCAAAGGUCGUGAUAUGUGCUGUCCUGUCUGUGGGAUGGUGCAUAUAAAAGAUCCCUUGCUACUAAUGGACAAAU